CUCCAACGAAAUUCAUGUCCCACAGAGCACCCCGACAGGUGUUGGACGUACUUCCUGUGCUACAAAUUGUAACGGCACUCGGCCGCGCCAGUCCCCGACAUUAAGUACUGAUGAGCACACUCAGGCUGGCGUAAUCUGAUAGAGGCGCCUGUGCUACUUAAAAUCCAUCACAUAUCAUAACUGACGGGGAGCAUAUCAGCUCGCUCAUAACCUUGCAGAUCGUAUUUAUUUGCCAUACCCCACACGCAAGAGCUAAUUCAAGUAUUACAUUACAUAUGCUAUUAUUGGAGUGGCUCUGGGAGAUUUAGUGUCGCGGCCUGGUGGAAGUGUGUAGGCGAAGCGUUUUACAGUGAUUCAGCGAGACACAGUGCAAUAACCUCUCAUACCAUGACGGGAGCCCGAUUCGCGGCCCUCAGAAGUCGGUUGUUUCCCAUAACACUACAGGUACCGGCGAGUAUGACCUCCCCUGGUGUUCAUCCCACGAGCCUGAGCCUGAAACAUUGCUCCAGCGAUGGCAAUCGUGACAGUCAGGAAUACUUCCGGGUUUAUUUCGAAACAUACCGUGGUGAGACUCCGAUGAAAAUUUUUAUGUCUCCUGCCGAGGAAUCCGACCAUUAUUGUUCACUUAGGAGUGUUUCCUGUGCUGUAGUAACUCAUUGCCAGUUGUCGUGCAUACUCUGGAAUGCGAUUGAAGAGAUGCGAGCCCCACGAGCUUAGCGUUGAUAUUUUCGGACACAGAGGCCUAGGACCGGCGACCCCGUGAGCUACUGAACCUGAAAGUCACUGGCGCCAGUUACUUGACAUACUUAGCUUUGCACCCUUGUCGAACGACUUUGGAAGUUAAUUACGUGGGGGGAGGGUGCAAAGGAGUAUCGUCGAAUUACGACCACUAGACGAUACAGCCCUGCAUCCGCCCUAC